AGGAAGUUGCCCUGGAUUUUUCCCCCCACUGUCGGCCUACAGUCGCCUUUCUUUAAAACUACAGCCUUGAUAGAAAUGCCAGCUAUUAUGCAGUGGUAACGAGCUCAGGCUUUGCAGUCUUACUCCAGCUGUCCCCGCCUACUUUUCAGGACGGGUUGAAAUGGAAGGUUAAAAAACUAACAAUGACUGUCGGCAUUGUGCUACAUCGGUGGUUUUUGUGGUGCGAUUUUUGGAGAAGCAAAAGCAUGUAUUCUGUGCAGUGUUUGUAAAACAAAUACAACCAAAAACAAUGCAUCUUUGUUUCUGCAACCCGUAAGGGGCGGUUUUUGUACAGAGCAAUGCUGUGCAUUGGAAACAAAAUGGAAUCCCUGUAUUGGUAAUGUCUACUUUGGACUGUCUUCAACCUGCUGCUCAAAAGCCUGUUAAAGCUGGGAGUAAACUACCAUGAAAUCCAAAGUUAAACAAUGGAAGCAGCUGGUGCUGAUGGGAAUAUUGGCAUGGAUUGUUGUUUUUUUGGCAUUGUUUACCUAUUUCAUGGAUUUCCGAAUGAAUGUCCCACGUGUGACUGGCUCCUUGUCUCACACAGAAACAAGAAAGCUGACCUCUAUUCAAGUCAACAAUCAGAAUGUUAUGUUAUCUCAGUCAGACAUUGCUACUCCAGACAGCAACAGCCAUAAAAAGCCCUACAAUGGCCCAGUCCUUACUGAGAAAACUGGAACUCCUAACCUAGAAGUGUGGUCAUAUUUUGAGAAUGAGAUACAGAAUACAAUCUCAAGAGAUGAUACGUCAGCCCAGAUGAGCACUGGAGAAAUAUCUGUUGCUGCUGGUCAGCAACACAGAAAGACUCAGGUAAACAAGCAUGCAGUGGAGAACUUUUACUUCUAUGAAUAUAAUUCUGCUAAAACAGAACAUGUACCCACAGUGAUGAAAAGAUCUAGGUUAAGAAGGCAUAGACACAGGACUUCAAAAACUGUGGAGGACUUGGAAGAGUACCUUUUUAAAUCAAAGUCAGUCAUUUACAAACUGUGGAAAGGAAAUGUGUCCUCAAAGAUGCUCAGUCCUCGUUUGCAAAAGGCGAUGAAGGAGUACCUUGAUGCCAAUAAACACAAUGUUAGUUACGAAGGCAAAAGGGCAUCUAAACUCAGUAGACAGGAAGUUCUGUGUGAGUUGAAGCAUCAAAUCAAAGUACAGUCCCUGGAUGGAACUGAACGUCCCUUUUCUAAGCUAGGAUGGAAAAAGUUUGUUCCAAAAAUUUCCCUCGAUGAACUUCAUCCAGAUGGGUUCAGGAAAUGUGCAGUGGUGACAUCUGCAGGGGCCAUGCUCAACUCCUCCUUGGGAAAAGAGAUUGAUUCUCAUGAAGCCGUUGUGAGGUUCAACGCGGCGCCAACAAUAGGCUAUGAAAAAGAUGUGGGAAAUAAGACGACAAUCCGCAUUGUUAAUUCACAGAUUAUUGCCAAUUCAAUUCAUCGAUUCAAUAUCAGCACACUAUACAGAGAUGUCAUUUUGAUUGCCUGGGAUCCUGCACCAUACACUGCUAACCUUCAGAAGUUUAAUUCUUCACAGUGGUAUGAAAAUCCAGAUUACGACCUUUUUACACCUUAUGUGGAAUAUCGAAAGAAGAAUCCCUACCAGCCUUUUUAUAUUCUUCAUCCCAAGUUCAUCUGGAAAAUGUGGGAUGUGAUUCAGGAAAAUACCCAUGAGAAGAUUCAGCCCAAUCCUCCUUCUUCAGGCUUCAUUGGAAUUCUCAUCAUGAUGUCUCUAUGUGAUGAAGUGGAUGUCUACGAGUAUGUCCCCUCUAUCAGACAAACAGACCUGUGCCACUAUCAUGAACAAUACUACGAUGCUGCCUGCACAUUGGGGGCAUACCACCCUCUACUCUAUGAAAAGAUGUUGAUACAGAAAGUGAACAUGGGAACUGAGGAAGAUCUCAAGAAGAAAGGCAAAGUCACUUUGCCUGGAUUCAGAGCCAUAAACUGUAAACACUAAAUCGGCAUUUGUGGAAAAAGUACAGAAAUUAAAUUUACAAUAUUGCAAUAAUUUACCAUGUGCUAUUUAGGAAAAAUAAGUACUUGAAAGAACUGUAAAUGGCCAAAUUAAGCUAUAGUUCAUUAGUACAUUAAUGAAUAUUAGAACAUUUUUAAAUGGUGUAAAGGCAAAUACAGUAUCUACUCCUACAGAAAAAUGUUAAAAGUAAUUUAGUAUUUGCAUUGGCUAAAAGCCUAAAAAACUAAAAGUGCUGGUUAGAUAUUCAUAGAAGAAUGCAUGUAGGAUAAGAUUUUAUAUAUGCGUGUGUUUUGUAGAUGUCAGCUAUUAAUUUUAAUAGUUUUUAAAUAAUUCAGAAGUUCCUGACAAAUGUUGAAAUUAUGGCGUAAUGUCAUAAAGUAGCAAUUAAUUCAACUGGGUUUCAAAAUGUACGGUUAUAAACUCCUAUCAAUAACCAAUCCUGGUCUUCUUUAUGAAUUGAUUAAUAAAUAAAGGACAUAAAGGAAUAAAAGGACAAAAUCAGUGAGAUUCACACGCAUAAUGUGUUGAAAUAAGAGUCCCUCUUUUGGUAGUAAAUUCCUGAUUGCUUUUUUUAAAGUUAAUAAUUAUAUUGAUAAUGGACUUUGCUUGAGUAAAAAAUAAUUCAUGACAUUUGUUGAGCAGAUGUUAAUGGAACUUUUUAAAACACCUUUUUCCAGUUUUCAAGUUUGUUCUUUCACUUCCAUUCUGGUGUGUGACUUAAUAAAAAUGCACUGUUUUAUUUCCAAUCAUUCUACUAAGAUGACCAAGAUGUGUUAUUUGAAGGCUUUGAUACUUGUGCAUUUUAUAUUGUAAUUAAAUAGAAAAUUGCAUUUAUACAGUGUUUUACAGACAAAAGGGGAGCCACUUCAUUCCACCACCAAACUAAGUGAUGAGCAGCAGUCAUUGUGUUAGCAGCCCCAAUACAAUACAAAUCUGGUGGAGAAGAAAUUUCUUCACUAAUAAAAUUCAGGGUAGUUCAGAUGCCCAGGGUGGAACUAGAAAUACUGGACAUUAUAUCGUAUUUUACAGUUUGUACUGUAUAUCAACAACCCCCGAUUCAAACAUUGUUUUCAGUCAUAAUUUCACAGUUAACAAUACCUUAUUCUGUACCAAAACUCAUUAUUAUGAAAUACAUUUACACCCAUCUGAUUAGAUGGGAACACCCGUGCACCUGGACAUCGAUUUGUUUUUUUUAGAUAGAUUUUUGAAGAGUAUAAUUUUACUUUUUUCUUAAUGUUCCAAGUGUACAAGAUUUUUUUUAACUUUUGUAUUUUUUUCUAGUAAGCACAACCUGUGUGAUUUAACAGCUGAAUCUAUUUCAGAAUGUUUUGCCAAAGAUGUACUAUUAGAAAAAGUUAUACUUAUGCAACCAAUGUCAAAAUACAUCUUUUCAUCAUCAAAAUGAAAGGCUUCAGGCUUAGUCAGAAAUUCACACAAUGAACUGAAAAAUUAAAAUCUUCAAGAACAUUUUAUUGAAGAUUAGAUAUUUUGCAGGAUUUAUUACAAAUGUUUCUCAGCAAAAUAGCUUUAUAGUUCCCCUUCUUAACAAUCAUAGUUUCUAAUAAUUUUGCCACACAAUUUCUGCUAUUUUCAACAUCUGUUUUUGGCCAUUAAAUUUCUAUACUCCACUUUAAUUGUAAUUGAAAGCCUCUAUUUAUUAUUCUUCCAAUUCUGAUGUAAUUUUAAUGGCAAUGAAGGUGGUAAUGUGUUUAAAGUAGUAAUAUCAAAAACACUUAAACCACAAGUUGCUUUCUUGCCUUAUCUCAUCUGUUACAUCUCUUAAACUGUUUCAUAUUGAAGCUGAAAAGUUCAGAUAUUGUCUAGUGUUUGCCCUUUUGACUAAUCCUGUUAAAUGCUAAUUCUAGGGAUUUUGGUGACUUUUAUAUCUGAACAAAUUUAAUUACAACUCUCUUUCUGCCUUUCACACUUAUGUGCAUAACUUCUUAAAAAGAUGAUUUUUUGGGUUACAUGUUUUUUGGUUAGAACUUCUGUUUUAAUCAUCAAGUGUUAAGAUUGAGAUAAUUCAGCAAUGGACAAUUAGUGGUAUUAAUGGAACACAGCUUUUUACAAUGGAACAUUGUUUUUGCUGCAAUGCCAAGUAGAACUGGAGAUUAUAUUGAAAAUGCAGUGAAGUAAAUAAGAUUAAACACAGCUGAUGUUUGCUGUAUGUUAUGUUAUUGUACUUGAUACAGUAUUAUAUUACUAGUAGUAAUAUAUAGUAUAUAUUAUUAUAAUAGUUAUCAUUAGACAGUUUGUGCCAAAAUAAGUCUUAAAAGAUGGUUAUUGAUUAUAGUCUGAAUGCAUAUAAUAUGAGGACAGGCAAAAAAGCAUAUUUUUAAAUGAGUAAAAAAAAUUGAAUUUAACCACAAAUAAUGCCUUAGGCUCAGAAACUCAGUUACUGGAGUGAUUCAACUUGCUGAGACACAAGACUGCAAAAGCAAUAUCUGAAAAUCUAAAACAAUUCAUUACUCAAAUAUAAGUGAAAGUUACUAACCCACAUUUUAUUUUCUGGUGCCUUUAGGAACUGACUUGAUAGUGCUCAGAUUGAGUGUGAAUGUAACUAAUGCUGGCAAUGUUACCACCUCUUAGCCUGAUCUGAGACGCUAAGCACGUUUGGGCCUGGUUGGUGAGAGGAUAUUGGAUCUGUAAGGAAAACCAAGUUGCUGCUGUAAGUGAUGUGAGUGAUCCAAUAGGUGGCACUCAUGGCUCUGGACAUGAGUUUUGUAAACUUAUAUGGCCACAUGGGCACUCUGCUGUAGGAGGUGCCAUUCUUCAGAAAACAUGUUAUAACUGUGGUUCAGGUUUGUUCACUCUGCUUUCCUUAGCAAAUUUCACAUUGGGCUUGCACAGUCUGGCCUCUGUAAGUUUCCAGUGUUAUUUUCAUUGGUGAAAUAUUUUCUCACUUCUUUAAUUUAUCCACUGUUUAGGGAAAGGUUACUGGCUGCUGUGUGUCUGCACUUUCAGUGGUGAAUGAAGUGGGUUCCCUCCAUACGUUAUGUUUUUUGGCAUAAAAAGCGCUAUACAAAUGCAAUUAUUGUUAUGAUCAUUACUGCUGCCAUAUUAUUUUUGUUUGUUCACAUCUACCAGUCCCUGUGGAUGCACUUGCAUUUUUUUGCAUGGGUAAUCCUGAUAUAAAGAUUUCACUCUCUAUAACAUACUUGGUCAGGCAAUAGGAAAAGCUGUUAUGCUUCAUGAUGAUGAACUAAAGACAAAAUAUCUAAUAAUUCCUGACUUUGGCGUUUGUCGGAAAAUGUUAGAUUCACCAUCUAACCUUACAUGGGAGACUUUGUGUUUUGUAUUUUAAUAUCACUUGGGUUACCAAUGAAUAUUGUUUACUGUAUUUUCAUUACAUGUCCUAUAAUUACUUGUUACUAUUUUAUUGUUGUAUAAAUAUUUAACUACGCAGCUUUCUUUCCACUACCCACUUAUCUUAUUGUUUUGACUGCACAAAAAUAUCUUUUUAGAUGAAUGUUCUUCUUUAGAUUGAGCCUUAGAACUUCCACUACAAGUUGCGUUAUGAAGGCACAAAUGUAUACCAUACAGUAUACCAUUAUAUAUAAAUAACCUAUGAUUGUGAAACACUGAAUCAGCAAACUGUAAAAAAAAAACAUUGUCAGUACUGUAUUUCACAAUAUUUUUACAUCUCAUAAGAUGCACAGGCAUGAAGGUUUAACCAGGUCUUGGUCUUUUUUAUUUUUUUAAAGUGUAGAUUAAAAUUUAUAUUGUCUGAAUGUUGAGAAUGUGGACUGUUCAACAAGAUGUUUCACUUCAUUUAAUUAUCAAAUUCUAAUAUCAUAACAGAGUGAUUAUAAGAUGCAUGAAACUGUAUGUUUAGCAAAACUGUUACUUUUUUUCUUUUAGUGUCAAAAGGUUGAAUUUAAUGCACUGUAGUGACAGCUGUUGCAUUAUUCUGUUUAAAGUUGAAAUCUCAGAAAAUGUUAUAACAGCCUUAAAUGCUCACAGGUUUAAAAAAAUCAAAAGCCAACUCACAUUAAACAGCCUUGUUUUUUUAAUGUUAAUGGUUUUUUAGGAAUCGUUCAUCAAUUUGUAAUGAAUUAACUCGGUUUUAUACUAAAAUUAUUUGUAGAAACUGGUUUGUAUACAGCUUGGAACUUUUUGUUUACUCUUUAUUUACUGCAUAAAUAAAAAUAUUGUACAUAAA